CAUUCAUAAGCCAUUCCGUUCAAAGACAGUUCUUCUCUCUCUUAGGCUGCUAGGCACAAUAAAUAAUGUUGCUGAGGCCUUUGUGUCCACACAGAUUCAUUCUUUCGCCUCGGGUAGGCGGAACUUGAGGCAUUUGAACUGAAUUCCAGUCUUGUUAGCCUCAAUAAGGGCCACCAUUGUAUGUAAAUGGCUUACAUAAGAGCAUAUGACUUCUAUGGUGCAGGGCAGCGGCUAGUGUUGAGGAAAAUAUUUGCAUUUCCAAAUGGCAUGGUGUUCACCGAGCCAUUUGGUGCAGUGUUUCAACUCUUUUCUGGACAUAUUUGUGUACCACCACUGCUGAAGAGCUGGAGAGGCUGUCACAUGGCCUUGCCCAAAAUAUUGCGAUUGGCUUUUCUUUUUGCAUCAGGUGACAGCAUGUGGCAAUAGAGCAUCGCCCAUGCUCUUUUAUUCAACUCCAGGGCACACACAAAUUGCACAAAGUGUCCAAAUGCCCAAAGUGUCCAAAUGUCAAGACUGCACCUGAUGGUCGAUAUUUUUGGACCUGGCAAGGCUUAUGCUGCUUACACCACGGGCUGAGCUGACCUGGAAUCAAAAAUGAAUUGGGCGUCUUUUUACGCCGUAAUCAGCGGUGUAAAUAGGCAUUCGACAGGCAUUGGCCGCAUCUGGCUCUCUGUCAUCUUCAUCUUUCGCAUUCUGGUUUUAGUAGUGGCUGCUGAAAGUGUGUGGGGCGAUGAGAAGUCUGGCUUCACCUGCAACACCCAGCAGCCCGGUUGCAACAGUGUGUGUUAUGACCAGUUCUUCCCAAUCUCUCAUAUCCGUCUCUGGGCCCUGCAACUGAUUCUCGUCUCAACGCCAGCACUGCUGGUAGCUAUGCAUGUUGCUCAUCGCCGGCACAUUGACAAAAAGAUCCUCAAAUUAUCAGGACGAAGUGGCACUAAGGAGUUUGAACAAUUAAAGAAUCAGAAAUUCAAGAUUACUGGCGCACUUUGGUGGACGUAUAUGAUAAGCAUAAUUUUUCGCAUAAUUUUUGAGGUGGCCUUCUUGUAUAUAUUUUAUGUAAUCUACCCUGAUUUCAAAAUGGUGCGUCUUGUUAAGUGUGAUUCUUAUCCCUGCCCUAACACAGUGGACUGCUUUGUUUCUCGUCCAACAGAGAAGACCAUCUUUACUGUCUUCAUGCUGGUGGUAUCUGGGGUUUGUGUUUUGCUUAACAUUGCAGAGGUGCUGUAUUUGAUAGGUAGAGCAUGUGCCCGCUACUUGCAGAAACCAGAAGGGGAUCCACAAGGACCUUGGCUCACUCAAAUGCUGUCCCCCUACAAGCAAAAUGAAAUCAAUCAGCUCAUAUCAGAGCAUUCAUUUAAGCCCAGGCUGAAUUUGGCCAGAAAGAGCCCUACUGACAAGGGGGAGAGAUGUUCUGCCUUUUAGCUGCUACUAUCUGGGAAGUUUCACUAAUCACUGGUAACUAACUUGGAGUUUCAGUAAUCAUGACCAGUGUCAUCUUUAUUCAUUUAUUGUGUUACUGUUAAAUUAUUACAAAAGACUGUUGGAUUUUUGCACUUUUUAAUGAGAAGCUAUUAAAAAAUCAUAAUGGUGAAGGGCAACAUCUAGAUAUAUUGUCCUAAGCCUUGGUCUAAGAAUGUGGGGGUUUGGGCAACAGAAGAAGAAUAGACCUAAUCCUGAUUCAAUUUGUUGUCUUCCCCUAGAUAUAUUUAGUCUUUCUUAAAUAAGUAUGGGUGCUUUUUACAUAUUAACCACAAAAUGUUACGGUUAAUAUGUAAAAAGCACCCAUACUUAUUUAAUGUUAUGUUAAAAGCUUGAAAUAAAUUGAAAAUAAAAAGCAGUCCAGCCCAGAUGAAGUAUUAAAUGUAAUAAUUGGCAUAUAUAAAUGUAAUGUAAAGUGAAAUUGGAUAAACUUCAAGGCUAUUGCUGUUCAGUGUUUGCAUAAUGUAACUUGAUGUUCAGAGAUUUUCUAUUUUGUACAUUAACAUCCUGGCUCAACAAAACAUAUAUUUUUAAUAGGAUCUUGCUUCCUGCCUUUACUGCAGUCAAAUAAAUAAAAUAUAUUAAUUAAUUGUC